UGCAGCUAGGGAGACCUGCAGGAACGGUUAUUUUUAUAUGAGCAAACCUACUCAGAACCUGGGAUUUUAAAGGAGGUUUGAUUGAAAAACAUACUAAACAGCAGAUUCAUCAUGGAAUCUUAUGACAUUAUAGCUAACCAGCCGGUUGUGAUUGAUAAUGGCUCUGGUGUCGUGAAAGCUGGCUUUGCUGGAGACCAGAUUCCCAAAUACUGUUUCCCAAACUAUGUCGGACGGCCCAAACACGUGCGCGUGAUGGCAGGAGCCCUUGAGGGGGAUAUUUUCAUCGGACCUAAAGCUGAGGAGCAUCGCGGCCUGCUGUCGGUACGUUACCCGAUGGAGCAUGGCAUUGUGAAGGACUGGAACGACAUGGAGCGGAUCUGGCAGUACGUGUACUCGAAGGAGCAGCUGCAGACUUUCUCUGAGGAGCACCCUGUACUUCUGACUGAAGCUCCACUCAACCCCAGUAAAAACCGCGAGCGGGCGGCUGAGGUCUUCUUCGAGACGUUCAACGUGCCUGCUCUCUUCAUCUCCAUGCAGGCGGUGCUCAGUCUGUACGCCACCGGCCGAACGACGGGCGUGGUGCUGGACGCAGGUGACGGGGUCACACACGCCGUGCCAAUCUACGAGGGCUUCGCCAUCCCCCACUCCAUCAUGCGCGUUGACAUCGCGGGCCGCGACGUCUCCCGCUACCUGCGUCUGCUCCUGCGUAAGGAGGGCUACGACUUCCACACCUCAGCGGAGUUUGAGGUGGUCCGCACUAUCAAAGAGAGGGCCUGCUACCUCUCUCUCAACCCUCAGAAGGACGAGACCCUUGAGACUGAGAAAGCGCAGUAUACUCUGCCUGACGGAAGCACUGUAGACAUCGGACCUGCCCGGUUCCGGGCCCCUGAGCUUUUGUUCCGCCCAGAUCUAAUUGGAGAUGAGAGCGAGGGAAUUCAUGAGGUCUUGGCUUUUGCCAUUCAGAAGUCAGACAUGGACCUGCGGCGCACCCUCUUCUCCAACAUUGUGCUCUCUGGUGGCUCCACACUUCUCAAAGGUUUCGGAGAUCGGUUGUUAAGUGAGGUGAAGAAACUUGCACCCAAAGAUGUUAAAAUUAAGAUCUCAGCACCACAGGAGAGACUGUACUCUACAUGGAUCGGGGGAAGUAUCCUGGCCUCGCUCGACACCUUUAAGAAGAUGUGGGUCUCGAAGAAGGAGUACGAGGAGGACCGCGCCCGUGCCAUCCACCGGAAGACGUUUUAACGGGAGAUCAGCGCAGCAAAGCCCCCGCCUCCCCUCAUUCUUUUGGUUUCACCUCUCUGCCCCCCCCCUAGCUUGGCCUCCCUUCUCCUCCCUCCCCCUUGUCCUCCCUAGCAGGGAGUUUCCCAGGACUUCUCCCCAAUCUGCAGCUUGGCAUGCCUUGUGUUGCCCUCCCCUCAUCAGGUGACCUGCCCGGGACUGGACUGGGGUUUAGGCAGGCGUUCUCCAACAGGUCUGCACCCAUCUGCGCCCAUCAAACACAGACAAAAGGCUUUUCAAGAGCAGCAGUCAAUACUGUCAGCACUGUUGUCUCUUUUCCUGAAGGCGAUGCUAAUAUUCGACGCUUAAAUAUUUAUUACACUCUGUACCCAGGCCUGUGUGAUACUGUCAUAUCAUGUAUUCUAAUGAACAUGAAGGUUAAUGUGUUACACAGUCAUUAGAAUUUCAUUCCAAAUUGAAGACAAUGUUUGUUUUUUUUUGUUGUUGUUUUCUCCUGUGUUAAGUCAUCUGUAAUAGAUGACAUGGUGUGGAUGUUUAGACUGGAGCACACAGUAGUAUUUUUAUUUGUUUGUUUGUUUGUUUUUCAUCUCUUUGACAUGGUUAUGAUGCUGGGAGGGGCAGUAAGGAGAUGUACAAUAGGGGAACAUAUUUCACCACUACAGUUUGCCAUAGUGGACACUAGUUAAUUUAUUGUCUAUGUCCUUGUCGAAGUUGUCAAGGCUGAAACCACUCUAGUUUAAAGGAACUAAAUCACAGACGCUGAGCAGAGAUAAUGUGUAGCCAAUAGCCGCUUGAAGAAGUAUUCUUCAUAGCAUGCACAUGUCCUGUAGAAACCAUUAGUAAAAAUGCCAAUGUCAAUACUGCCCCCCCCCUCCCCUCAGGAUUUUCUUUUGUUUGACACCUCUGAAAAAUGCGGUCUGAGAAGUGAUUUGAAAUAUGAGAGGAUCUUCUGCAGUUCCUAUUUGCGAUAUGUUUGCAGUAUUCUUAAACUGUUGUGUGUUGGUGUUGCUGAGCUGAUGCCAUCUGUGCUUGAACGAAAAUGUUUGAAAUGUUGUUCUGUUUGGGACCUGUCAUGUGUGUGUUCCAAAAGAAAAAUACAGAUAUUCUGCCCAACAAGA